GUGUAAAUAACUUGAAUUGACCUAUCUUUCUUCAAAACAUAACCAAACAAAAGUUUAUGUGAAUCCACAUCCACUUUUAGUCAAGAAAUUCGAGAUUAUAAUGCCGGAUGAUAUUAAUUUACGAGCGAAUCGCGAAUUAAUCGAUUCCGAUUUUGCUGGCUACAAACUUUCCUUGGCUUCUUUAUCAACAUACAGUGAGAAAAACAUUGAAACUCCUUUAACAGUACCGACACUAAAUUGUGGCUACAAGGAAACGAAACUAUUCAGUCUGCACAAUCAUUUAUUUGCUAAUAAUAGUGAUAAUGAUGUAUACUACAUUGAUGCAUCUUUCGUGAUACAGCAAAUCGGUUUUGAUCUACUCAAUGGGAUAUUCAAUAAGUCUUCGGUUUGGGAACUUCCAAUUGAUCACAAACCCACUUAUAAUCCUACUUUGGAUUUCCCAUCAGAUAAAUUAGCAGUCGUAUCAGAUGGGAUUAGUUCCAUAUAUAUUUUAGAAAUCGAUAGGGAAAAUUCAGAUUGGAAACUGAUGAGGAAAAUAGAUGUCGAUUGUGCAGUUGUCAUCAAACAUAGUAAAUUGUUAGGUGAUAAGUUACACUGUUUACUAUACAAUAUAGUGGAGAACAAAUCUAAUUUACUGUGGAUCGAAGUUGAUUUAUUAUCAGAUCAAUUUGAUGUGCACAAAUUUGAAUCACAGGGAGAUUUGUAUUUUGCUCAGGUGAUUGAAUCAGAUUCCAUUUUGGUUGGGGCUGAGAAAACGUUCUUUCCUGAAACAAAUGAAGCUGAAAUUAAGUAUGUUUGGUCACAAGACUCUGACACUAUUAGAGUUGAAUUCAAAGUAGGGUCUAAAGCAAUUGUAAAAGAUGGAAACAUUCAAGUAUUUGAUAAAGAUGACAAUGUUUUGAUGGUGGGAAGGUUGGGUGGAGAGUUGAAAGAAAAUUCAGUGGUGUUUAAUGAAGAAAAUGGAACUUUAGCUUUAACUGCAAGCAAACAGGUGUCUGGUGUUAAAUGGAUUGAAUUCAUUGAGGGAUUGUCUGGUGAUUAUAAAGCUGAUGAGCUGGAAGUCAUUGAAGCCAAUACUAAAUUGAGCAAGUUUACAACUGAAAAUGAGAUUUACUCGUCCAGUUCAAUUUGCAAUAACGCCGAUAUGGAGGAAUGCGAUUUUCCGGAGAACAACAAUGCGGUCAUCGAGAGAUUGAAGAAAACUGGAGCGACGCAUAGAUCGAAUUUGGGUGGCAGCAAGUAUCUGUUCAAUGCCAAGGAUUCGAUAGUUUUACAGCAAGAUGAGGAUGCUAAUCUGUGGGAGAACGUAUGCGAAUCCGAAGAAUGGAGAUUGAAGCACGUCGCAUCGUUGACUGCAAUGGGUUACAUUCAGGCGUCGAAGCAAAGGAAAAAGAUAAUGACUUGCUCACCGAAUCACGAUUAUGUGGUUAUUAGUGAAAGCCAUUGUCACGUCUUCGUGUACAGGCAGAACCAUUCGUUCGGCGGGGAAUUGAGGAACCGGAAAUGCGGAAAAACGUUGCACCAAUUGGCGCAACAAUUCGUGCUGAAUUUGGGACAGGAUGAGAUCCUUGGCGUUGUUGCCACCGAUCAUGUUCUUUAUAUGUUAACCGAAAAGAAACUGUUUGCAUGUAUAUUAAAUUGAACUAAAUACAUUUUAUUGAUUCUAAUGCAUGUGUUGGUGAUUGUUUUUUAACUUAAUGAAAAGGAUCCGAAAGAUGCUCAUGAUAGCUGAAUAAUUUCGAACAGUAUUCAUUCAAUGCUGUGGUGGCUGUCUGUAAUUCACGUUCCAAAAUGAAGAUUUGAAAAAUUAAUGGUCGAAAAAGCAAUGUCUUCACAUUUUAUUGAUUUUAUCGGAAAUUAUAAUAGAUGGAAUUAUUCUGUAAGAUGCUUAUGAAAGCUGGAUAUUUAGGAAAUGUAACCACAUUGCAUCAAUAUUUGCUUUUCAUUUGUAGCAUCUUGCUCGUUUUCUUUUAAUCCUUGAGCCGAAAGACCUCGGUACUUAGCACAUUGAUUGACAAGUAUGAACGUGGAUGAUAGAAGGCCGUUAGAAAGAGAAAAAAAUGAAGUAAAUAGAUCCAAACUCAUCAAAGUUUGAAGAUGCAAGCAAAUUUGAAAUUUUCAGACCGUGAAAAUCCGCACUAUGUGAGAGUUAUUAUAUUACUGUACACUUUCAAUGUAUUCUAUGUAUACUAUUUGUGAUAACACUAGCAUUUUACGGAAUACACCGAAUAAGCGUUAUUUAUGUUUG